GAAUCCACCCUCGGCCGCCCUCAGGGGGAAGGGGCCGGCCCUCCCGGCGCCCGCCCAUCGCUUUCUCUUUCGUUUCCCCGGUCCAGCACCACCGGGGACCGGGGAAGCCGCCUCUAAGGGCCACCGGGGGCCGGCGCAGCGACGGCCAUGGACACGGGACGAGCGGCUAAAUCGGCAAGGACAGUUGUCAUCUCUGGUGUUCCAGAUGGCGUUCUGAAGGAUGAUGUCAUGAGUGACAUACUGGUGAUUCAUUUCCAAAAGUCAAAGAACAAUGGUGGAGAUGUGGAGGACAUAAUAUACCCAACAAGGGAAAAAGGAGUUGCGUAUGUAACUUUUGAAGAUCAAGAAGUUGUAGAGAGUGUUCUAAAGAAGAACGAGCAUCGACUAGAAGACAAGAGACUGUCCAGAUACUACCCUUUGAAAGUAACUCCUUACUUCACAAACGUCUUCAGCUCUGUCACUUCUGUCCUCAAUAUGUCUGUUUUCAAAGAUCAGUAUGUUUUAGAAGAUCUGAUACAAGAACUUAAAAAGAAGAACACCGCUUUGAGCUUUGGCCCUCUGCAAUCCAAUGGACAUAUUUCUGUUCAAGGGUCAUUUCCAGCAAUCAAAAUGCUAAGAGAUUGCCUUUUACUAAAAGCAAAAUCCCUUUCAGAGGACAAAAAUGAAGAAAGGAAGUCCCGUCAGAGACAGAAGAAGCAGCAGCAGCAGUGCAGACUUACCACAGAUACAAAUAAUUUUGUUCUUGAUGCAGAAAGGGAAAAGCAAGUGGUUGUUCUUGACACAGAUAUAUAUCUCUAUAUGAAGAACGUUCUUCCCAAGAAACUCCUAGCAAAUACUGAUGUUGUAAUUUCUGACAUCACGGAUGGUGAUAUAACUACACUAUAUCUUCAGAAAACUAGAAGUAGGCCCAAUGCUGCACAGGUAUUAGCAUUCAAAGAGGAAAUUGAACGUCAGUCUCUAAAACUUCACAACACUUUAUGUAAAGAAAGGAUAUACCUUGAGGAGUACACCAGAGAAGAAAAGCAGAAAUAUCAAUUGAUGUGUGAAACUCUAAAAUCCCACUACCCUUCUGUUUUGGUUAUUCCUUAUGAUACUCACAUUGAUGUGAUAGGAAAUUCUUCUGAGGUUUUCGAAUUUACAAGGGAAGUGAACAAAGAGGUUCAGAGCCUGUUUCAACACAGGUAGAAAGAUAGCAUUCAUGUUAUUCUACACAUUGUGCUUCUAAUAAACUGUACUGUUGCAGCCUGUGCACCUCAGUGUCACUUCAGCUUUGCCUCAUUUCUCCCGUGCACGGCCUGG